AUGAAGUUCUCAUUGGCUCCCGUUGUCUUGGCCGCUGCCGUGGCUGCCACGCCCAUCAGACUUAUCGAGAACGUCACCCACCUCAUCGGAUGGCACAAGAAGGGUUCCGACAACAAGCAGGGUUGGGGCUCGUCUGGCCCUUUCCACUUCACCUCAACCUACCACGUUGUUGCAACCCCAGACCAAGUGGUUGAUAACAACAACACUGCCACCGGCGGCCUGGCUGGUGCCAUCGGUUACUUCAGCUACGGCAUCAACUCCUGGGAAGAUGUCAUCUGCUACAACAUCACCCUUGUCAACUUCCAAGGCGACUACCAGUCUCCUGCGCUGACGGCCACCCACAUUCACCAAGGCCAGAAAGGUCGUGCAGGUCCUCCUCGUAUCGCAUUCCCGAACCCAGUCGCUGUCGAGGGUUCCACAAAUGUCCGUCGCAGCGUCGGAUGCUUGUCCGGCCCCUUCCGCACCGGCGUCAACGCCACCGGCACCCAGACGGACAACGGAGAAGGAUUCGCCGUCCGACAAAUUGAGGAGAACCCGUCUGAGUUCUUCACCGAUGUCCACUCCAGCCUGGCUGUUCCCGGUGCCGUCCGCGGUCAACUGAGCGACGGCGUCAACCAGGAUUGCAAUUAA